AUGGCUCAUAGGCCGCGCGAUUUGCUUUCCAAGGCCGAGCGCGAUGCACUUAAGGAACUCAGGGCCGAUAACGACCUCGUUUUCGUGCCUGCGGACAAGGGGCGUUCAACGGUCGUAUUGGACAGGACAGACUACAUUAAAAAAGCCAAAAGCUUGUUGGAGGAUAGUCAGUCCUAUGUCCCAUGCGAAUCCAACCCCAUGAAAACGCUGACACGCGAGAUUAACGCGACGCUGUUGGCAAUGGAGAACUCAGGUGCAAUAUCGCCAAUUGACCGACGCAUGGCGACAGCACAAGAAACGGGUCUAGCCCGAUUCUACGGUCUCCCAAAAGUGCCCAAAGAGGGCGCUCCUCACGGGCCUAUCGUGUCACUAAAGGGCACUCCAACCUACGGACUGGCAAAGUGGCUGUUCCAACGUCUUAAGUUUCUGACCUCCGAUUCGAACACCACAGUCAGCUCGUCAACACAAUUCUUGGAGAAACUUAAAGGAGUAAGUCUCCUGCCAAGCGAUAUCAUGGAUUCCUUUGAUGUCACGUCCCUUUUUACUUCUAUCCCGCAGGACCUGGCAGUCGAGACAAUCGAACUACUCCUACGAGAGAAGUACGACGAAACGGAGAAUCGCCUCGGACACGCCCAAAUCAUCCACCUCCUGAAGUUCUGUCUCAAGACGUACUUUUCAUUCGACGGAACAAUCAACGAGCAAGUGAAGGGAACACCAAUGGGCUCGCCGAUUUCGGGACUCAUAGCCGAGGCGGUCAUUUAA